AUGAAGAUGUGGAGUGAUUUCCAGGGCUCGGGCGGCGGGUGCGGCGCCAAGCGGCGUGCCGGCUCCCCGUGCGAGGGCGGCGGCAAAGUAGCGCGGUGGGAAGAUUCUAUCGCUCGUCUGGAGGCUGUGGCCGCCGGGGCGGGCGGCGGUGAGUGCUGGCGAGGCGAAGAGGAGGAACGGCGAGCUUGCCGCCGGCGGUGGUGCGGCGGCUGGUGCGGAGCGCACGAUACCAUCCGCGCGGAGAACGGCAAGUCCUACCUGGAACUGGGCGGUGCCGCCGCGCGCGCCUGCUGCGACGGCCGCGCUGCCGGUCGCUGCGCCUCGAGACGCUGUUAUCGCGAGAGACGACUCAAGAUGAUGAACUUGUGCGCGCUCAAGUUGGCGCGAUUCCGCCAAACGGCGGACCCUUCCCUAAGACGGUCGGUGCUCGUGUGCAACACGCUACGAGGCAUCGAAAGAGAGAUGGAGAGAGAGAGCGUGGAAGAAGCGCCCUUCGAACCCGCGUGCGUCGCGAGCGGCGUGACGCGGUGCGAACUGCUAAACUCGCGGGACCCCGCUGCGGGCCGCGCGACACCUUUCCCUGCACCAGCGCAGCCAGACCGGGACUCCGGCUACGGCGACGAGGAGCGGAGCAUCGACUGGGGCUCAGUGUUGAGCCUCUCCUCCCGAUCGGCGCUAGACCCCCCCGAAGAGACGUGGCCCGACGACUGGGGCUGGAACGAGGACAGCUUCGUGCGGCUGCUGGUGCCGACGAGUUAG